AUGUCUGAGACGUACGAUCAUAUCAUUGUCGGCGGAGGCCUGACCGGCUGUGCUCUGGGGAGUCGACUGGCCGAGAAAGACGAGUCACUCCGCAUCCUGAUCAUCGAGGCCGGCCCCAACGUGGUUGAUCAUCCUCUGACCAGCACCCCAUUGGCGUGCUUCGCCUCUCAUCAUUCGCCGUUGGACUGGGACUACACCACUGUCCCGCAGAAAAACCUCAACGACCGCGAAUGCUAUAACAGUGCAGGCAAGGCAUUGGGGGGAGGCACCGCAAUCAACUACGGCACCUGGACCCGGGGAAAUGCCGCAGACUAUAACCUCUGGGCUAAGCUGGUCGGAGACUCGAGUUGGAGCUACGAAGGUCUUCUCCCCUACUUCAAACGCACGGAGACGCACUACGAUCGCAAUGCCGACCCAGCUGUUCACGGUACCAGCGGCCCAAUCCACAACACCAUAGUUGAACUCACCAGCCCCGAGCGCCUAUUUCCCCUGAAGGAACCAGUUCGCUCGGCAUGGGACCGGCUCGGCGUGAAAUUCAAUCCAGACGCCAACGCCGGAAACCCCCUGGGGCUAGCGCACUUUGGAGAGAACUGGCGCGAAGGACAGCGUCAGCUUGCCAGCGAGGCAUACGGGCUCUCGAAGCGUCAAGGCGUCACCGUUAUUACUGACACGUUGGUUGAGAAGGUGAUUCUCAAAGAGCAAGACGGGCAGAAGGUCGCGACGGGAGUCAAAGUGGUCAACGGCCAGGAAUACCACGCCUCGAAAGAGGUGAUCAUCUCCGCCGGUGCAUACCGGACUCCGCAGGUUCUCAUGCUCUCUGGAAUCGGACCGGCGGAAGAGCUGGCCAAACACAAUAUCCCACAGCUAGUGGAUGCGCCGGACGUGGGCCGCAAUUUCCACGACCACUUCUGUGUCCCGCAGUGGUGGAAGCUGCGUCACCCUGAGCGAGGCCUCUCGAUGGGCACGCCUCUGUGGACCAGUCCGGCGUAUGGAAUGGGAGUGCCGUAUGAUUGGAAUGUCACCUUGCAAACCCCCUCGGAGGAGUUGACACGGGCAUUGCAGGCUGACAAUGGCGAGGCUCCCAGGGACCAUCCGUAUUUAGAUCCCAAUUUCGCUCACACCGAAGUUCUGGUCAUUUAUGCACCGAUGAGCCAGGCUGUCGCCGGGUUUGAGACCCCAAUGGAUGGCACGCAUAUUAGCACGGCUGUUCUAUUGAUGGCCCCUACGGCGCGCGGUCAGAUUACGCUCGCCAAUGCGGACCCGGCAACUGCUCCUGUGAUUGAUCCGAAUUACCUUGGAAAGGAAGUGGACCGAGCAAUUGUGAGAGAUGGAGUUCGAAGAGUGGCUAAGCUUCUUCUGGAUACCCCUGAGGGUCAAGAUAUGGUGGAGCACGAGGUGACCCGACCAGAGAAUGUGCCUACAAAGCUCGAUUCAACCGACGAGGAAAUCGAUGGGAAUGUUCGCCGCGGAGGCAUCACCUUCUUCCACCCAGGUGGAUCGGCAUCGAUGGGCAAGGUGGUUGAUACUCAAUUGUGGGUUAAGGGCGUAAAGGGCUUGCGAGUCGCGGAUGCCAGUGUGUUGCCAGUGCCUCUUGCAGCGCAUUACCAGGCCAUUUUGUAUGCAAUGGCUGAGAAAGCGGCGGAUCUGAUUUCGGGUUAG